GUCCCAGGCCAGGGCUGUGCUGUGGAGCUCGCUGUGACCCGCUCUCUGUUCUGUUCUGUUCUGCCCUCCCCUGUCCUUUGAUGUGUGACCUCUCUGUGACCCCCCCCCCCGUGUCAUGUGACUCCGCUGUGAUGUCAGCAGCCUCCUCUUCAUUCCGCUCGGACAAGCCAGCGCGCGCCCCCAGCACCCGCAGCAGCACGACGCUGGACCAGCCCAGCUGCAAGGCACUGUAUGACUUUGAACCGGAGAACGAGGGCGAGCUGGGCUUCAGGGAGGGUGACAUCAUCACGCUGACCAAUCAGAUCGAUGAGAACUGGUACGAGGGAAUGCUUCACGGCCAGUCAGGAUUCUUCCCACUCAACUACGUGGAAGUGCUGGUGCCCCUGCCUCACUAGAGAGGGGAGAGGAGGGGGAGAAGAGGAGAGGGAGGUGAGGGGGGAGGAGGAAAGAGGGAGAGGAGGGAGGAGGGAGAGGAGGGAGGAGGGAGGGGGGGGGGGAGAGAGAGGAGGAGGAAGAGAGAGGAGGAGGAGGAGGGGGGCGGCGGCGAGGCGAGGCUGCCAGAGGAAGACAACGAAACUUUGUUACUAAGAACCGCAUGAAAAACUCUUAACAAACACACACACAGUGUCACUGAUACAGACCUUUAAAACUGGAUUGAACGGCAGGCCUGGAGAGCUCUGGGAUCCAACACUGACUCCAACAGCAAGAAACAGCACCUCCCCCCCCCCCCCCCCCCCCCCCCCUCCCACUGCAGCGACUUCACCUGGAGAGAAGAGAAGAGAGAUAUCAGAAACACACACCCCCCUCCCCUCCCCUCCCCCUGCAGCGACUUCACCUGUCUGUCAGAAACAGAUCAAUCGGGGGGGUGAGAAAUGAGAGACAGGCUUUUUUCUUUUUUUUUAUCACAUUCCUAUUUUGAAAUUGAGAAACACUACUUCAUGUUCUGUGAGUCUUUCUAUUUGAUUUUUUAUUUUGGGGGGGUGAUUGUAAGCACUUGGCACUCGGGCAGCGCUGUUCCGUUCAGACCGGCUGUAGCUUCACAACACUAACCACUCCCGUGACGAACGGUGAAACAGCAAACCAGUGAUACAUCAAUGCAUGAGAGCUGCGAGCAAACCCUGUGCUCUGUGGAGCUGCUCUGACUGCCCGCCCCUUAACACUAAUCUCUGUGCCCUGCCCCCUGCCCUGCCCCUCGCCCUGCCCCGCGCCUCGCCCUGCCCCUCGCCCUGCCCCGUGCCCUGCCCCGCGCCUCGCCCCGCGCCUCGCCCUGCCCCUCGCCCUGCCCCUCGCCCUGCGCCCCUUGUUCUGCAAUCAUGCUGAUUUACCAGCUCUGUGUUUUUUUGCCUGCUCCUCCCUUUCCACAUUGAGGGUCGGGGUUUCAGUCUCAGUUCUGUAACUUGAUCAGCGUAGCGGCCGGGCAGUUCAGCUGGGCGCAGAGCCAGGUCCCUCCAGCGGGGGGCGCUGCAGUACAAACACUAACAGGGCUGAGGAGCUGCUCCGAGUCUCAGGCAGGGUUUGCUCUCGGCUCACUCCGUCAUCUUCUCGUUGUUUGUUUUGUUUUUUCAUGUCAGAUUUAUAAUGUCUGUUUAAACUAUAUGAAUCCUCCACCGAGUUUUAUUAAAAGGGGGUGUGGGGGUGGAGAGAAAAAUGAACCCCCAUGUUGGUUUUCAGGGUGCUGUUGGAACGAGAAGGCAGCACCCCACUUGUUUCUGACCAGUGUAUUAUUUGCUCCUGGUUUCCCUCUGUUAAGGGAACCCCUGCUUGUCAAUUUCCUGUCUUUGUGACGCCUGGAGGAAGCUGAACUUUACUGCUCUGUCCAGUAGAGGGCAGCACCCUCCCCACUAUGCAUGUCCACAAGCCUGAGUGCAGAGGAGAGGCCCUCCUGCCUGCAGCUUCCCCAGUCUCAUCACGCCGCUGCUGCUGCUGCUGCUGCUUGGUGUCACUUCCUUGUGCUUCUCGGUGUGGCUGAGCCCCAGGCUGGCUGCUAAUACACGCACGAGGUCACCCCUUUUUAAAGACUCUCUUCAGGGGUUGGCUGCGUAUUUCUGUGGCAGCGGCUGGUGUCUGGUUGUGUUCACUCGAGUCUCUUCCUGGAAGCUUCCCUUUGCAAAUCUUGUAUUGAAUAAAUAAGAGGAAGAGGCACUUUCCAAUAUGAAAACGCAUGCAUGCUGGUAUAUGCAUUAUCCGAAUAGGACAGAGAGGAAGGAAGGUACCCCCGUCUCUGCUUUAUUUGGGGUCUGGGGGGGUCCUGUGCUCUUCUGAACACACCCCCCCUUACCCAGCAUGCCUUCACUUCUCUUCCUAAUGCGACAUCACAAAUAAACAACAGAAAAGCAAAAAAAAACAAA